UGUUAAGGUAGUGACGGAAAAGAAAAAGAAAAGACUCCAACCAAUUUUCCGGUCCAACUAGACGGGAAAUAUCUGUCUCCGUCAAUCUCUCCGGCGGACAAGCUGCUGUAGCGCUCGAAAAUGAACUCCCAAAUCUAGGCCACUACAUUGUCGCUCAUCUUUGCUUUUCUUUUCUAAGUUGAUGAUUUUGUACUGAACUCAAGUACUAAUGGAUCGAGCUCGAACUGCAAGUCCGAGGCAGUUAAGGAAAUGGAGCAGCGAAACCGGAGCUCCCAUGGCCGCUCUUACUGUCGGCUCUUCAUCUCCAAGGCAUGGCCGCUCUUCCUCUAUCUCCGGAAUGUCUAACAUUAAGCGCACUCAGAAUGUUGCUGCCAAAGCUGCUGCCCAGCGCCUUGCUCAAGUCAUGGCCUCUCAAGCAGCCACUGGCAAUGAUGACGAUGAAGAUGGUGAUGAUGAUCUUGGAUUCCGAUUUGCCGCUCCUCCACCUCCCACUUUUUCCAGGUCCAAGGUCAGCACUGCUGCCAAUAGCUCUAGUGAUAGCAAUGCUAUCAACCCUGCUAUUCAGUCGGCUAAGUUAAAUACCAGAUCAUCUUCACCUGCGCUAGCUAGGAAUUUUGUUGAGGAAUUGCCGUCUCUUCGUUCAACAUCAGCAGGAAGACCAACUGUCCCAUCUCGUCCUCCACCGUCAAUACCAAGUACCCAACAGCCUGUGAAGACUCCUUCACCUAUACCACCAAUCGAUCCUCCAACCAACAAGCUGAGAGAGAAAAGAUUCUCUCCAGAUUUAAGACAAGUUAACUUGAAAGAUACAGGAGAUCACCGUGCUGCUUCUGCGCUUCGUGAUGAAUUUGAUAUGCUACAAGAAGAAAAUGAAAAUCUUCUUGGAAAGCUUAGAGUUGCCGAAACGAGUUACGAGGAAGCAGAAGCUAGAGUGAAGGAGCUUGAGAAACAGGUUGCAGCACUUGGAGAAGGAGUAUCUUUAGAAGCAAAGUUGUUAAGCAGGAAGGAAGCCUCUUUGCGCCAAAGGGAGGCUGCACUGAAAGAUGCAAAACAAGCAAAGAAUGGGAUAGCUGUGGAACUUGCAAGUCUCCACUCUAAUGUUCAGAAAGCGAAAGAUGACGCAGCUGCUGCUGUAGAUCAACUUCAGGGGACUGAGUCUGAGGUUAAAUCUCUACGCUCAAUGACACAAAGGAUGAUUUUAACCCAGAAUGAGAUGGAAGAUGUUGUUCUUAAACGAUGCUGGCUUGCACGUUAUUGGGGUUUAGCAACUCAGUUUGGCAUUUGUGCAGAUAUUGCUGCUUCAAAACACGAGUACUGGUCAUCCUUCGCACCUCUUCCUUUUGAAUUGGUUAUCUCUGCUGGCCAAAAGGCAAAGGAAGAAUGUUUGGAAAAAGGUGAUGACAAUCCAGAGAGGGGAAAGUUUGUUCAGGAUUUGAAUGAUCUCACUGGAGAAGGAAAUAUAGAAAGCAUGCUUUCUGUUGAAAUGGGUUUGAAUGAACUUGUUUCUUUGAAGGUUGAGGAUGCCAUAGUGCUUGCACUGGCUCAACAACGGCGUCCAAACUCUGCUCGAACAUCGAUUUCAGACAUCAAAUCACCAAGUGAUCCGAAGUAUAUGGAGGCAUUUGAACUCAGCCCCGAGGAGUCUGAGGAUGUUCUUUUCAAGGAGGCAUGGCUAACUUACUUUUGGAGGAGAGCCAAAGCCCAUGGUAUACAGGAGGAAAAAGCCAAUAAAAGGCUUCAAUUUUGGAGUAGUCGCAGUGGUCACUCACCAACUUCUCAUGAUGCUGUUGAUGUUGAGCAAGGUCUGAUGGAGCUAAGGAAAUUGGCCAUUGAACAAAAACUAUGGGAAUCAUCUCGGAGAUGAAUUGGUCAUUGGUUGAGAUUCUUCCGUUACUGGAGAGAAGUCUUCCCCACAGUCUAAUAUUACUGCUUGCGAUAUAUUUUACUCACUGCAUUUAAGCUCUUUUUCCACUCACUGUAGUAUUCUUCCCAAGAUUCAUGUAGGUCCAACAGGAAGGGAGGGAGUCCAGUUAAGGUUACAUGGAUUUUUAUUUAGUACAAACACGAGUACCUUAAGGAUGAUCAUACGUAAAUUCUGAAGCAAACUGUAUUUAGAAGGGAGGAUUUGGCUAUGCUUGCCGUUCUGGGAUGAUAUGCUUAGCUCCAAGUUUCGGUUAUUUGGGAACUGUCAUAUUACUACACUGAUGUAUCAUUCAUAUCCACACUUUUGUUUAUUGUAUUAACCUUUUAGUAGUAAAUACUGUUUGCAACUUA